AUGAAUAAAUAAUACAUACCAGCCAAAGCACAAGAAAAAAUAUUUGCUUUAAUUCUCAAAAGACCUGAAAAUUUGAAUUGUGCUGACUGUGCAACAAAAGGACCUAGAUGGGUCAGUCUAGAUUACGGAAUAUUCAUAUGUAUGGAUUGUGCAGGAGCCCAUCGAACAUUAGGUCCUAGUGUCACUAGAGUAAGGUCAACCAAUAUUGAUGGAUGGUAUUAAGAAAAUAUCGACAUUAUGGAAUCUAUCGGCAAUGGCACUGCAAAUUCUUAUUGGGAAAAUAAAAUGCCAAAAGAUUUUAUCAAACCUACUAUUAAUUAAGGUCUGGAUUCAUUAAUUAGAUUCGUAUAGGAGAAGUAUGUUAAGAAGAGAUUCAUACCUUAAAUAUCUUGUCCAGAUCCUAAACAAUAAUACAUUCUAACCAAAACAUCAGUCAAGCCUUUUUAUUUCAAUCAAUAAGAGACAAAAGUAGAGGAACCCAAAGUAAAAUUGGGAGAUUUGAUUGAUUUGGAUGAUGACUUAUUUGGAGUCAAAAAACCAAUUGUACAAGUUGAAGAAACCCAGGGAUUAAAUACUCAUUAAGGUACGACUAGAUCAUUGUCACCUGAGAAGGAUUUCAAUGAAUUUGUACAAUCGACUCCUCAUGUCAAUCCACCAAUCCAUUCAUUACCUUCUCUGGACAUACUUACACUCUACAAAUCGGAAUCGCAAUAGACACAACAGUCAUAACAAAUUAUACCGAAUAAGAACUCGAAUUAUGCUUAUUUAUCCAAUAUGGGACAAUAACAAAAUAAUGGGUUUUAUAAUUAGUAAACAAAUUAUUAACACCUUUAUUAAUAAUAGUAAUUGUAGUAAUAGACAUUCCCAUAUUAAUAAUAAAAGUUCUAACAACCAAUUCAAACGAAUGGACCCAUCAAUAUUAUGGAUUUAUAUUCAAAAUGA